GUGCCUCAUGGUCUUCGUGAUAAAUAAAAAGAGUAAUAAAAAUGUUCGCGUACGUGAAAUUUGUCGACAGUGCGUGUGAGAGUGAAGUGAAACAUAAAAACUUAAAAAUUGUACCGGUGACGGACAUUUAUAAUUUUCAAAAAUAUGCGAAUAAUAAAACGCGAGUGUUUAGAGUGAAAUGUGGGGAGAAAUGGUGUUUCGCCACAAUCGGCUUAACCGCACCUAGUAAAGAAGAUAUGGAGGUGAAAUUGCUGAGAGGACCUCGAGCCAAGUUCCCGGGGUCAGCCUUGCGGAAGGAGAAUUCAGAUUUACAACACCAAAGCAACGACAAAAAGCAGAAAAACUCAAAGAAGAAAUUGAAAAGACGAGUUUCUUCUCCUGAAGAAAAGGAAAUUUCUUCAAAAAAAAAAAUUAAACUAGAGCCACCCACUGCAACCACUCUUUCAUUAUCUGACGAUGAAACUAGGGAUAUUAACGGAAAAGAAGAAUCUAUCUAUCUAUCUAUUGAAAAAGAAAAUAUUGUUGUCCAAAAUCUGGGAGAAGUAAAAUCAAAAAUUGAAGUUGAAUUUCAACAGGUGCAACCGCCCACUGCAACCGCUUUCACAUCAACUGAAGAUAAAAUUACGGGAAAUGACCUAAAAGAAGAAUCCAUUGAUAAUCUAAUUAAAAAUGAAGACAUUGUUUUACAAAAUUCGGGAGAAGCGGAAUCAAACAUUCAAGUUCAAAUUGAACAGGUGCCGAAUCAAGUACAAGAGCAGCAACGGGGGCAAGAGCAGGAACAAAAUGAGAAGGACCUAAUUGAAGUUCCCCCCAAUGAGAAAAAUAAAAUAAAAAUAAAUCGAUACAGUUUAGUAAAUAAUAAUCAGAUCUAUCUUGGCGCUGGCGUCCUUGUUGACAAAGACGAUUGGGCAACAAUCAACAAAAGAAAAAGAAAGGAUUCAUUGUGGAUAUUAAGCGUAAUUGACCUGUUCUAUCCAAGUGGAUUGAAAGAUAGGUGUAUCGACCCUAAAAAAGUCCGACAAAGGGAAGAUGGUCGGGUGAAAACCCCAUUAACACCAAAAAAAAUCAAAGCUAUGGAAAGGCUAUACCGUGAUCGAUUAAAAAAGAGUGGUAUUAAUGGAAUGAGAGCACUUCAGGAAGAAGUAAAGCUAGUAAGAAGGAAGAUAACUCAAACAAUAAACGAUUUAAAUAAAAAAUCAAAGAAUCCGAUACAGCAAGACUCUGAUACAGAGUAGUAUUUCGUACUCAAUUUUGAUAUUUCAUUUCUUAUAAUGAAAAACAAUUUGAAAGUUAAUAUAAAUGUUUUUUACGGUCUUGUUUAUUCAGGUCGCGUUUUCUCACAGUAAGAUUUAAUGGGUACGUGACCAUUAAAUAACCUUAAAUUUUUUGCAUAAUUAUUAGAUGAAACGCGAACCAAAGUUGAUUUGAUUUCAUUUACACUGUGAUUUACAUUUAGUAUUUAUAUGGGCAAAUCCACAGAACCGGCCGAUUUCAUGUUACUCACAUAUUUUUCUAUUUUAGAAGUAUUAUAUUAAUUAUUUUCAUACUUCAACCAUUUUGUAAUAUCUCUGAGAACCUAUUGAAAUAAGAAAAUUGAAUAAAUGUGAACCUUCUAGUCUUUUAUAAAAAAUAAAAUCGAAUUAAGUAACUUAAAAAAUGGAAUUUACGGUGUUACUCCAGGUAUAAAUUUUAAUUCUUAUAGGUGUAACUUGUUCGGCAUAGAUCCGAACAAUUCCAAACUGUGGUGAAUUAUAGUUUACUUAUUGAAGAAUGUUUUGAAAGUAAUAAAAAAUAUGUGCUCUUAAAUAAAAAGAAAUGAUAGUCGUUGAAAGUAGCGUUACUCAUUAUUUUAUAAUAAUGAAAUGUCUAUACAUUUUUGUAAAUAUAUUUUGCGGCGAUUAUUCGAUUUGAAUUUUUCAAAUUGGAGCUUAUUGCUUGUGAACAGACGAACAAAUGUAUGUAUCAUAGAAUAGAGUGCAAUCAGAAUUAAAGAAAAUAUUCCAAUAAUUAUCACUCUAUGUUUAAGCGUGAACCAUUUUCAACAUAGCCUUUUUUCAGUAGCACAACUACAGGAUAAAAUAUGAUGAGAUGAAAACAUGUGUGAUUAUAUAAAGACAUUAUUAUAAUUCUUGUAUGCAAACGCCAAAUUAUAUUUUCAAUUUAUAACGUCUACAAAUUAAAAAUAAAAAAAAAUUUAUCGAAAUUUAACUA